CAAUUUCCAAGUGAUUCUGCGUCUCCCAAACAUGUGCACCGUAUCAUUGUACUCCCGCUUUGUUAAUUGUGACAUUGGUGUGCAAUGGUGUGGCAAUCUACCAUGGGACCGGCGAUUAUCCUGUCAUUUUUAAAAUGGAAUUACAGUACAGUUUCCUAAAUAUAGUGGUUCGGUGUUGAAGCAGUGGACACAAGGGAAAUAUGUUUACGUUUGUAGUCCUGGUGGGGUUAUUUUUAUUAAGCGUGGUAACCUGCGACUACGUGUCUUGGGAAAAUCUGAAUACCAAUUUGCAAAACCGAGCGAACGAAUUUGAGAAGCCCCGCACUCAACCACACAUCAUCUUCAUCCUCGCCGACGAUCAAGGUUUCCGCGACGUGGGAUACCACGGAUCCGAGAUAAAAACCCCGACUCUCGACCGGCUCGCAUCUGAAGGAGUCAAACUAGAGAAUUAUUAUGUGCAACCGAUUUGCUCCCCGUCUAGAAGCCAGUUUAUGACUGGCAGGUACCAGAUCCACACAGGCCUCCAGCACUCCAUCAUCCGGCCCACCCAGCCCAACUGCCUGCCCCUGGAAAACGUCACGCUGCCCCAGAAGCUGAAAGCUGUGGGCUACUCCACGCACAUGGUGGGCAAGUGGCACCUGGGCUUCUACAAGCGGGACUGCAUCCCCACCCAGCGGGGCUUCGACACCUUUUUCGGGUCCCUCCUGGGCAGCGGGGACUACUACAGCCACUACAAGUGCGACAGCCCCGGGAUGUGCGGCUAUGACUUGCACGAGGGCGAGGAGGCCGCCUGGGACCAGGACCGGGGCGUCUACUCCACCCUCAUGUACACGCAGAAGGUGGUGGACAUCCUGGCGUCCCACGACCCCCGGCGCCCGCUCUUCCUCUACCUGGCCUACCAGGCGGUGCACUCACCCCUGCAGGUGCCCAGCCGCUACCUAGAGCGCUACAAGUCCAUCCCCAACCUGCACCGGCGCAAGUACGCCGCCAUGGUGUCCUGCUUGGACGAGGCCGUGAAUAACAUCACCCUGGCGCUCAAGAGGUAUGGUUACUACGACAACAGCAUCCUGGUGUACUCCACAGACAACGGGGGCCAGCCCAUGGCGGGGGGUAGCAACUGGCCCCUCAGGGGCAGCAAGGGGACGUAUUGGGAGGGGGGCAUCCGAGCCGUGGGCUUCGUGCACAGCCCUCUGCUGCUGAAGAAGGGCACCAGGUGCCGGGGGCUGGUGCACAUCACCGACUGGUACCCAACGCUGGUGACGCUGGCGGAGGGGACGCUGGAGGAGGACCUGGACUUGGACGGGUACGACGUGUGGGAGGCCAUCAGCGAGGGCCUUCCCUCCCCCCGGCAGGACAUCCUGCACAACAUUGACCCCAUCUAUACCAAGGCCAAGAACGGCUCCCUGAAGGCCGGCCACGGUGUCUGGAACACGGCCGUCCAGGCAGCCAUCCGUGUCGGGGACUGGAAGCUGCUGACGGGCAUCCCAGGGUACAGUGAUUGGGUGCCCCCUCAGACCUUCUCCAGCCUGCUGCUGGCCAACCGCUGGCACAACGAGAGGGUCCGCUGGGACCGGGGCAAGUCCCUCUGGCUCUUCAACAUCACGGCUGACCCCUACGAGCGGGUGGACCUGUCGCGCCGCUACCCGCACGUGGUCAAGAAACUCCUGCUGCGCCUGGCGGAGUACAACAAGACCGCCGUGCCCGUGCGGUACCCGGCCAAGGACUCCCGCUCCAACCCGCAGCUUCACGGAGGGGUGUGGGGACCCUGGUACAAAGAGGAAGAGGAGGAGGAAGACAUGGAGAGCAACCUCCUCACCAACCAGUUGGGCAAGAGAAGGCACAGGAAGAAAGGGCGUGGGAAGCACAAGAUUAAAAGGAAGUCCAGAGAGUAG